AUGAUGAAGGAGCUUUUUACAGGUAGUGACUCGAAUGAGGUGAAGGCUAGGCGGCUCAAGAUGUACAUGGAGAGUGGAAAGUUUCUCGAGAUGCUUUUCUCUCCGCAAGAAUUUCUCGAACCACUGGUUUUAUUUGCUACACAGGUGCUCAAUAGUACGGAACCUGAGAAGAAAUCGUCAUUUAUGUCUGGAGGAAACGAGAUGAGGUACACUGUUCUUAGAUUCCUGAACAAGUUUUCCCUGAAGAGUGUUCGGAGUGUGGAGUUGGUGUAUGCUCUUCACAAUGUGCUUCAAAAUGACAAUCUUCCAAAUGUGAUUCUAUCGCUGAAGGCGCUGGGCUCUCUGAGCGGAUCGGGGGUCAUCAGUGGGGACCUGGUAGAUGUGCAUGUGGGGGCACUCCUAGGAAUGGUUCACGACCUCUUUGCCAACAUGGAAAACGGAGAUGAGAGCCUUAUAGAAAUAUCGCUGUUUACCCUUACAGAGACAUUGAUACAUGCCAGAGCCUUUUUUCACAACCUAGAAUGCCAUGCCAUCAAGAUCGAUCAGUUUCUAGCCUGUGUAUACGGCCAUAUUAGGAGGAUCUUUGAAAACAGGAGGUUCAUGGAUGGAAUAGUGCAUAAAAGGGUGUUUUCAAUAAGCAUGUGCUCUGGAAUCUGCAGUCUGCUCAAGCUUACAUGCGAUCAGCUUCCGGCUGUAUCGAAGUCUGGGCCCUACCACAUGUUUGCAUCUGAGGCUGCAUUUGCGGGGAUGUAUUGCUGCCCUUCUGAGCUCCUGGGCCUUAGACAGGAGAUAUACACGCAGUUUUCUAAGGUGUGUGUAGGGAGCAAGGACAUGGCUCUUCCCAUUGUGGACAAGACAUAUGUGGUUCCAUUUCUGUUCUCUCCCGAUGCAUUGCCCAUGAACACCGAGGGAAUCAGAAUGCUGAACGACAUGCUUGGGCAUGUGAAAGAGAGUCUUAGCAAGGCAGCAUACGCAGAGUUUGGGUCGAGGGUGUCAAAUGUUCUUUUUUCAUCCUGUUCCUUAAUCAAAAGGUUGUCGAAGGAGGCUUCAGAAUGCAGCGGUAGGGAAUUUCUUAAGAGAAAGGUGGAGGAUGUAGUUGAGCAGCACAUCGAGGCCAUACGCGUCUGUCUGGAAGCCGUGGAGAAUGUAUGCAAGUGCUUUGGAAAUAGGGCUGGGGAUGUUGCAGAACUCUCUGAUGUCUAUCUCAGAAGCUUUUAUGAUAUGAAAAAUGGAUUUGAAGGAAUUAAAGGACUGGCGGGACUUGUAUUUUCAGACAAAGAAGGAGAGAUCAAGAAGAUUGUGGAGAGAUUUAUCUCUGGGUUUAGGGAAUUGGUUGGAAGAAUUGGAAUUCUCGAGAAAUCUGGAAACACAGUGAUUUUCUCGGUGUCUGAGGUUCACAUACUCUACAGGAUAUUUGAGGAUUCUUUCGAUGUAUUUUCCCACGAAUUUUUGUGCCAGGAGCAGAAGAUCGAGGAGUUUUUUUCUGUGUUGACGCUUAUUAGAGAGCAUAUUGCAGGAGACAUAAUCAAGUGCUGCUCGGAAAAGGUUCUGGAGUACAGCAAGAGAAACAAGGAGUUUUUUGGGGUGUGGAAGCUUAUCAACAGCUCCACAGUUUUGGGAAACGCACUUAGUAUGUAUGUGCUUCCGCAGAUUGUUAGUGAGCUAAGCAACGGGGGGUUUGAGUUUGUUAAAGAGGCAAUGAAGUACAUUGUUCCAUUCUUCAGAAACGACAUAAAGAAGAUAAAGCGAGUAAAUACAUUCUUUAUGCACAGGAUAAUUUCCACAUUGAUGACAGCCAAUCCAAAGAACAUACAGCAUUUCGAAGUCUUGCUUGAAAUUUUCAACAUCUUUGGGUCGAUGCCUGAAAAGAGCAGCUUCUUCCAGAAAUACAUCUUCGACAACUUUGCAAGAAUAGUUGACCAUCUCAUGAAACUCUAUGAGACACAAGGCAGAGAUAUAUUCAUAGAGAUGAUAUUUGCACUGCCGAUAAGCAUCAACCUGCUUGAGUCUGACAUCCAGUUUCUGAUAAGGCCCAUUGAAAAGGCAUUGAUGCUGGGUGGUGCAAUAAAAAUCAAGGCAUUGUCGAUCCUUGUAUAUGUCCUUGACUUUUCCACGGAGGAGAAGAUUGCAGGGCUCGAAAGAACGUGGGAAAGCAUUCUGAAGAGUGUGGUAAGGGAUCUUGAAGACAACACCAUAUCAUCUUUAUGCUCGAGAAUCCUAGGGAAGCUCAAGACUUAUCACAAGGUAUUUGCAAGGGACUAUGAGGGGUUUAAGGAGACCAACGAGAAUCUGCAACUCAUAAGGCUGAUUAUAGAUGGAAAGCAUGGGGUUCCUGCACAUCUUUUGUUCUUCGAUGCAGUACAAAAGAUGCGGGGGACCUUUGAGCUGCAUGGAAGCGAUUUCGAGUCAGAGGGGUUUCUUGUGAGGUUCAGGAGGCUGGGGCCAAGAAGUAGCACAGAAGAUGCCAAGGAUGCUGCAUUCCGACUCAUAACAAGUGUGAUCUAUCAUCUCAUGGGAUGGAGGUUUUUGAGAAAGGACCUAGUGGUGAAAUGCUAUACUGAGCUUCUUGAUGAAACAGAAGAAAUAAGAAGUGUGUCUGAUGCACUGGAUUGUGUGUACUCUGUCCACGGCAUCAUCUCAUCUUUGUGCGGUAGGAAGUGCACGGAUAGCCGCCGUCUUGCUCAAUACAUAUACGAUGGGAUUCUUGCACUUUUCAGCUGCCAUGGGACUUCUUUCGAAAAGAAGGCACAGGAGCUUCUUCAUUCGAUCUUUGGGACUGUAAUGCUAUUCAGGGUAUUCUCAUUCCACGGCCUCAAAAGCAGAAGAUACAAGAUUCUUCUUGACACAGACACGUUUUUUGAUGCACUCAUUGAAUCAUUUUCCGAUAUCGAGAACCCAAUGCCGUUCAAGGUUCUUUCAAUUAUGUUCACCCAGAUGUACGAGCUUCUUGGAAACAAGUCUGAAUACUUCUGCAUUGAGAUGUACGGAACUGUCUUCUCAAAGUUCAAGUCGAUGUGUAGAUCGUCCGACAAGAGAAGCAGAGACUGUGGAAUCAAUGGAAUGCUGUGUCUUGCAGCAGUCAUGCCCAUAAGGGAGCUUGUGAUGCUUCGGGUCCCUGAGGAUUCAUUCUCGCAUACAUAUCUAUACCUUCUUCCCCGUGGGUCUGAGGACUUCUCUCUUCCCCUCAAGCUUGUCAUUUUUAUUUUGAGAUUUAGAUACAGGGGAAUCAGGAACUACCUCCUCUCUGAGGGAACCGAAAGGUAUUUCAUGGCAUCGCACUUCAAGCCCUUUGUUGCUGGGCUCUUUGACAGUAGAAAAGAUGUCUCUGAGUUCUCAAAGGCUGUGCUUCGAGAAGUAUUCCAUCAUUAUGGGCCCCAGCUCUCGAGGCAUAGGGACAUAGUGUUUGGGUUUUUCAAGAAGGACUAUGUGAUUGAAAGCAGAGCGAUGAUGAUACUGCAUCUGAAGACAUUUGUGUUCUGUGUUGAAGAGGGGAAAUGCCCGUUUGAUGAUUGUGAGAUGAAAUACAUUAUUGAAAAGCUUCUGGACAGUAUCUCAAGCAACGAUGAGUGGAGGGGGGCUGAAGGAAUUCAUAUGAACUUUAACUACAGGGAAAGGAAUGGCAGGGCAGACAAGAAGAAGCUAUGUGAAUGCAACAGAGAGGAAGCAGAGGGUGAUGACGGCGUAGGAGUCGUCUUGGGAGGUAUCUACAAGAAACUGUCUGAGCUAUCUGUGAGGGAUUUAAUGGAUAUUGCCUUGAAAAAUGCAAUGGACGUGCUUUGUGGGAAGUGUAGGAAGGAGAUCUACAGGCACACGGAAGCAAGCCUUCCACGCUUUAACAAUGAGGCGGAAGAGCUUAUGUAUUGGAUAAGAGAAUUCUACCUUCUUGUUAUUAAGCACAGAAAGUCCUUUGAAGAGAUAAGGACCGGGGUUACAUAUAUGCUCAGAUAUAUUUCGGAUGACACCACGGAUUACCUUCAGAUGGCAUACGAUGCCAAGCCUGAGGAAACGGAGAGGGUGAUCUCUGAGGAGGUUGAGAAAUGCUUAUCAGAGAAGGUUGACUACAAGGUACUUAAUAUGUUACAGUGUGCACAUUCCAUAGAUAGGGCACCUGAGAAUCCCAGGAUAGGGAUGCUAGUUCUGAAGAUCUUGAAGGAGUUCAAGGUUCCUAAGGAGUUUGCAAUUAUAUCUCAGAACGACAAGUACUCCAUGCUGGCAAAGGCAUAUGAGAUAGGGAUUAGUCUCAGGAAUCAGGAGGGCCUGUGCAAUGAGAUUUUGGAAACAUACUUUACCUUGGAUGGAUAUGUUAAGAGCUACACCUCGAGGAUAUAUCCCCGGAUGAUCAAGUAUGUGGAAGGCCUUGGGCAGCAGUUCAUAAGCUGUAUGUUUAGGAGGAUCCAGGACCCUUCUGCAUACAAUCUAUGCUCUCGACUGUGCAACGAUUCCCCGAAGCUAAAGGAAAUAGUGUCUGGGAUGAAAGACAGACUUGCAGAAAGGAUAUCGCAAAUAUAUUGCAGGCUAGAAGGGAAUGAUUCCAUAGACAAGAGUAUAUUUAUAUAUUCGUAUAAGUUUCUUGAUCUUGUUGGACAUGAGAUGAGGCCUGUCGACAUUCAAGUUAUUCUUGGAAUCUAUGGAGAUAUGAAGGGUAGGCCUAGGUAUGGUGUUGAAAUGAGGGAGCUGAUUAGCAAAUGCAUCAACAGAUUUUCUCCGGAGGAUCUUGAGGCAUUGUUUAAGAUGGAUCCGUGGUUUGUGUCUGUGAACGGGAUUGAUGCAAGGCAUCUUUCCGGGUCUCUUUCUCCUAUGGCUCUUAGAGGGGUUGUUAGGAGCAUCGACAAGGGGAACGUUCUUAGUCUCGAGAGGCAUAGUGCCCUACUAGGGGAAAACAGGCAUGCUUUGGUUGAGCUGUUCGUAGAUCUGGGCAUCAGAUCUGAAAACCUCAUCGGAUACUGCAAGGAGAAUUUACAUAACACAAAUCUCAGAGGGCUUCUACUGUAUUACCUGUGCACAUUUGAGCCUCUAUAUAUCUACUUUGAGGCCUUAUUCAAGCUUCCCUAUGAAGAUAGGAAAUAUACGCAGUACUGUCUGGAAAGAGUUGUUGAUGCAUUUGAUCCUCUUCUUUUCGAAGAAAUAAUAUUGAUUGUGUUAAGGUCUGAGGUAAGGUUCAAGACAAGCCUGUGGAUUCUGUUUCCCUUGCUCCUGUCCCGCCCAAGGCUUAUCACGAAAAAGAUUGCACUCGAGCUGCUGGGAUCGAUUUACAAGCUCCUGAGCUCCUCGGAGCCUUUUAAGCAAAGAAUGGGGCUCAAGCUGUUUGAGAUUUUGCAUGAUAAGUGCCCUGCAGGAGAAGAUAGUCCCGAGGGAGGAUAUACGGGGCAUGGGCAGAUGGUCAGGAAGGCAUACACCCUUGUGUUUGUGAGGUUUAUACACAUGGACACGGACUUUCCUGCAAGCUCCUUUCAGAAAUACAAUCUAGAGGUUGACUUUGACCUGGUGAAGUAUUCUUCCAAGGGACUGAACCUUAAUAACCUAUUUGGAUUUCUUGAAAUGGAGAUGGCCAGUGAGAAAAGCGAGGACUACAAGCGUUGUUUCUUGAGGAGUGUUUGGACGGCUGUAGCGCCAUGCUUCAAAUCAAGAACUUUGGGGAUGGAGACUGUCAGGUAUCUCGUAGAUACCGGAAUAUGGGACUACGGAUCUGUUCCUGAAGAGCUGGGGACUGUUGCAUACGACUGUGGCAUUUUGUAUAAUCUCCUUUGUGUACUUUGUGACGGUGUUGGCAAAGGAAACGAUGAAGAUGGCAAGGAGGAUGAAAAUAAGAUGGAGAUAUGUCUAUGUGUGGUCAAGUACUUGCUUGCUGAGUACAGCAGAAACAGGAACGAAAUGAAUUUGGGAUAUGUGAACAAGGGGCUUGAGAAUGUGUUCUGCGUUCUAUGCUUGUCUCCUGGAAUGAAGGGUGCUGUGGACUCUGCGGCCAAGUUGUUUUUAGAGGCUCUUGAGGACAGUCUCACGAGCAUAGACCUCCUGGUGAGUAAGGUAGGCUUCCUUAUGUCUGACUUUAGGACGACGCUUACGGACAAGAUCAGUAUUGCCUGUCACCUGAGCAGAAGGGGCUAUGACGCCGAGGUCCUCUGUGAGAUGCUGCUUCCUGUUUUCAGCAGCUACCGCUAUUCUGAUGCCAAGUUCCCUGAUGGGCUGCAGAAGUUUCUCAUGAAGGGCCUUUCAUCGAGAAAUAAGAGCUUGAGAAGCGGAUAUCUAGACCUGAUGAAUCGCAUCAUUCCUGCGAACAAGUAUCUGAGGCUUCUGUAUCUUCUGGACCUGGAAUGGAAGCACAGUACAAAUAUCGGAUAUGUCAUUGUUUCGAUGAUGAUUUCAUCAUGCUAUAAGACAGAGAUAAUUGCAGACAAGUAUUAUGGGACUAAGGCGGAUGUUGAGGUGGAAUAUCCCUGGGCUCUGCAGAAGAUGACCUCGAAAGGGAUUGUGGACAAAUGCAAUGGGCUUAAGCUGGUUACGAAUCUUCUUGAGGACAUUGACUUAUACGGGGCCAGAGUGGCAAAGGACGACCUUCUUGACAUUCUGUAUUAUUUUGGUGAGUCCUUGCUUCCUAUGCUGACUGGGAUUCUAAAGGCGGUAUCGAGUGAAUUUGAUGAAUGCCAGUGUAGAAGUGUGUUUGGAAGCCUUGUAAAGUUUUGCUCUAGAGUUAAGGGAAAUGGGAUUCUCGGGGCGGUCAUCGAUGGUCUUGAACCUAUCUACAGAUAUGGAGAUUUAUCUGAGCUGAUGGAAGUGCUCAAAGGAGGAGAUGGAUGGGGUGUUCUCCUGAGAUAUGCAAGUGACAGGCAAAAGGUGAAGAUAUACAGAAGGCUGAUGGAUAGUGAUGGGUAUUUUGGGAUGUCUCGGUCUGUAUGCAGCUUUCCUGAGACGAUGCAGGCAUGUUUUCUUCAGCAGGUUGGGAAGAUAAAAGAAGCACAAGCUCUUUAUGAGGAGAUACAAGGGAAGGCACGCGAGCACAAGAUAUCUUUUGAGGAGAACGAGUACAAAGCAUGGCAGGAUGAAUGGAUAGAGUGUGCGAAGGAGCUCCAGCAGUGGGAUGUGUGCUACGAGAUUGGGAUGGAGGCUGGAGACCAUCUGCUAAGUGGAGAGUCGUUGUGGCACCUUUCGAAUUUCACGCUGCAGGAGACGAUAGAGAAGUUCAAAAACGUGGUUGAUGCAGGAAGAAGCGGAUUUGAAAAGGAGUUCUACAGCACGUUUGCAAGUGCAUUUACGAAGUACUCGUCGGAGAAGAUCAAGGAUAUCUUAUCAAGGAAUAUUGAAGAGCUUAGAAAGUAUCCGGCGAAGAGCGGUGCGAGGUCCAGGCUUCUUACAUACCUCCAGAUCAUAAUAGAAAUGGUUGAGGCUGAGCCGAUACUCAACAAUAGGCUGGAUGGAGCUGAAGCCUUGACUUCAAUAUUAUUCCGAUGGAGGGAUAAGGAGCCGUCGAUAUAUGACUCCUUUGAGCAAUGGAGCUUGUUUAGGACAUGGAGAAGACACGUAUAUUCUCGGGUGGGGAUGAUUGAGAAGAUGAAUGGAGAAGAGAUAAUGUUCAAGUUGCCCUCUCGAGGGAGCACAGAAGAGGCAUCAGCACAGCCUAGUAGAAGAGGACCGGUGGGAUCCAAUCUAUUCUCCCCAAGAGAAGUUGGCGAAGGAAGUGUAAGGACAAGAAAGGAGCUAGCAUCUAAAGGAGCAAGUGAGUUGGCCAAGGUACUAAAUGCAUUUUCGAAGGCAGCCAUCGACAGAGGAUACUAUGAUGCAGCACUGUUCCAUCUUAAAGAGGUAUUUGACCUGAGCAGUGUUAAGGUGGGAGAUGCAUUCCAAAAAGUGGUCUACGAGCUCCUUUGUUUUCUCGGAAAGAAGGAGUACAAGAUAGGGGUUGACCAGUGUGUGUCAGCCAACAUCCAACAUUUUAGCGACUCGCAGAGUUCCAUUCUGUUCAACCUUAAGGGUUUAUUCAGUGAGAAGCUUGGAAAGUUUUCUGAUGCAGAGAAGUUCUAUCUACAGUCUGCACAGGUAUGCAAUGUGGUAGGCGAAAACUGGCUUACGUGGGGAAGCUUUUUAUUUGACAGGGCCGAUAAGGAGGGCGGAGGGCCGAAGGAAGAUGCCUUUGUCGCACUGCUCCAAGCGGUAGCUUACUGCAGUGGCAGGAAGGCGAGGAGAGGGAUCCUGAAGAUGGUUCUCCUUAUGGAUAGGCAUUCUUCGCUAUGCGAUACAGAGGUAUUUCACAAAAUCCUUCGGGAGAUUGACAUCUCAAGAUUCAUAUACUUCAUUCCUCAGCUAAUAGGACUAUUGGAAAGAGGGGAUUCUGAUCUAGCACAAGUCAUACUUUCCAAGAUAUCUGAGGAAUAUCCGCAGGCGGUUAUGGGUCCUCUUAAGGCUGUCAAGGAGAGGAUGAAAAGAGCUUUAUACCCCAAGGGCACAGGGCAUAAGGUGCGAGCACAUAGGACUAAGGCAGAGAGCAGGCACAGUGGGAUUCCCAUGGAGAAGUCUGACGGUCAGCCUCUUGGGGUUAGGAGCAUCCUCUUGGAAAACAUUAUGCGCAUAUACAACCGGAUAAGAAAUACCCGGCUUGGAAAGGAAUUCUGGAAGAUUCUUCGUUAUCUUCACAACUCAUUUAACUCUCAUGCUUUUAAGGAAGAGGAGCUUGUGUAUCUUGAGAUUGAAAGGAUAUUCAACAACGCGGUGUCCCAUGUUAUGGACGGUAUUGUUCCGUCUGGCUCGGCCCAUGCCAUGCUUCUAAACGAGUUAAUUUCUUGUAUGUCUCUUUCUUCUCUAAGCAAGGGAUUCAAAGAAGAGCUCAUAUCUUUGAUUCUCGGAAUGAGAUACAUAUGCCCGCUGGAGAAGAUUGAUGAAAUGGUUUGCUUCAAGAACAAGAUCCAGAAGGUUGUGGAGGAGUCUUUUGCCAAGAUGGACAGAUUUGAAGAAUCUGAAGUCAACUUGCUUCUGUACAGAUCGGGGCACGAGCACAAAAUGUUUGGCCAGUACUCUGAGAUAAGAAGCAGCUACAAGAACCUCGUUAGUAUAGAGAUGUUUGAGCCGAGGCAGUCAUAUAUGUAUAGAAAGAAGAUAGGAUGCAAUAGGAUUCAUUUGAGAGGAAGUGAUGGAAGAGUGUACAGGUAUGAGAUGAAGGGGUUGUCGGGGAUGAGAUUCUCAGAGUUUGCCAUUCCCCAGCUGUCCCUGAUGAUUAAUGAGGCCAUGAAAGAGGAGCCAAAUUUAUGCAAGAGGGGUGCAGAGCUGAGACUGGCCACUCCGUUUAUUGUUAGCGAGGCUCUUGCGAUGAAAUGGACCAAGGAGCCCGAGUAUUGUAUGGACUCUAUACUGGAAGAGGGGCUGAGCAAGUAUGGCAUAAGCAUUGAUCAAUGUGUACUCCUCUAUCUCAACCACUUUGCAUCUAUCUAUGAGAUAGAGAGAGACACCACUAGAUGCCUUGAGAAUAAGUACGACCUGAGCAGAAGGCUUGUCCGGAGUCAGAAGUUCGUGGUUCUAGAGGACGAAUGUCCCAACAUAAGGAAAGGGGCAAAGGCAUCCAAGAGUGAGGACCCAAGCGAGAACUUCAUUAACAACGCCAAGACCGCCAUUGAAAAGCAAAGGAAGAAGUAUGUCAGCAAUCUAGAGCAAAGAAAGGUUGAAUGUCUUGGAUGCAGCGAAAAGGGAGAGGGGAUUGUGCCUUGCAGAUACAAAUAUGAGGUUUCGAGGCGUCAGAGAUAUAUGGCCUACGAAAAGAUGUACAAUACCUUUAAGAUGUCCAGCUUCCUUGACGACUACCUCAGACCCAUCUAUGGAAACCUAGGGGGAUACCUUGGAUUCAAGGACAGACUUCUUUCAAGCUAUUCUGCCAACACUGCCUUUUUAUACAUGCUCUCGAUUGUGGACAGGAGGCCCAGGAACAUUGUAAUCACCAAGUCCGGCGGGCAUUUCAUGAACAAAGACAUUUGUUACGAGGAUGUAGAGCCGAUGAACAGAGGAGGUGGGGGAGUUAUAGGGCCUGGGUACCAAAAGCUCUUUGGGAAGGAGGGAAUAGAAGGAGCAAUGCUGUCUAUUAUGUAUCAUUAUGCAGACAUGAUAAGCAAAGGUGAUUGGUGUAGGGAUUUGAUAAGGAUCAUGCUCGAGGGUAGGUUUAUGGACAUGGCGGGAGAAGGGUUCAAAGGAAUGCAUGAGAAGGUGCUAAGCAAAAUUGAAGAGAUGGUUAGAAAAGGAGAGGACGGGACUUACAAUCUGAUUCCGAUGGUCAGUGGGUGGAUGGAUAUGUUCAAGAUGGCACAAGUGGACCCAAGGCAUAUGUCCUGGAUGUAA